CGGGCGCAGCAUCAGCAUCAGUAUCAGCUGGCGGUGGCUGAGGCGACAGCGGCUGCGGCGCAGGCGACGGGCCGCGGCCUGCGGACUACGGGCAGCCAGAGCGGGCGGGCGCGCCGGCGGACAGCAGGCCGCGCUGGCGGCGGCGGUGGCCGCGAUGAUGGAGAUCCAGAUGGACGAGGGCGGCGGCGUGGUCGUGUACCAGGACGACUACUGCUCUGGCUCGGUGAUGUCGGAGCGGGUGUCGGGCCUGGCGGGCUCCAUCUACCGCGAGUUCGAGCGCCUCAUCCACUGCUACGACGAGGAGGUGGUCAAGGAGCUGAUGCCACUCGUCGUCAACGUGCUCGAGAAUCUGGACUCGGUGCUCAGCGAGAACCAGGAGCACGAGGUGGAGCUGGAGCUGCUGCGCGAGGACAACGAGCAGCUGCUCACCCAGUACGAGCGGGAGAAGGCGCUGCGCAAGCAGGCCGAGGAGAAAUUUAUUGAGUUUGAAGAUUCCUUGGAACAAGAGAAGAAAGAGCUACAAACCCAGGUGGAACACUACGACUUUCAGACCCGCCAGCUGGAACUGAAGGCCAAAAACUAUGCAGAUCAGAUUUCCCGGCUGGAGGAGCGGGAGUCGGAGAUGAAGAAGGAGUACAAUGCCCUGCACCAGCGGCACACGGAGAUGAUCCAGACCUAUGUGGAGCACAUCGAGAGGUCCAAGAUGCAGCAGGUCGGGGGGAACAGCCAGACCGAGAGCACCCUGCCGGGGAGGAGGAAGGAGCGCCCCACCUCCCUGAGCGUCUUCCCCCUGACCGACGGUGUGGUACGUGCACAGAUGGGGGGCAAGCUCAUGCCUGCGGGGGACCACUGGCACCUGAGUGACCUCGGCCAGCUGCAGCUCAGCUCCAGCUACCAGCCCCAGUGUCCGCAGGAUGAGAUGUCCGAGUCAGGCCAGUCCUCAGCAGCGGCUACGCCCAGCACCACGGGCACCAAGUCCAACACGCCCACGUCCUCUGUGCCCUCGGCCGCGGUCACGCCCCUCAGCGAGGGCCUGCAACCUCUGGGCGACUACAGCGGCAGCUCCAAGAACAACAAGAGAGCGCGGGAGAAGCGCAACAGCCGCAACAUGGAGGUGCAGGUCACACAGGAGAUGCGCAACGUCAGCAUAGGCAUGGGCAGCAGUGACGAGUGGUCUGAUGUUCAGGACAUUAUCGACUCCACCCCAGAGCUGGACAUGGGCCGGGAGCCCCGCCUGGACCGCACGGGCAGCAGCCCAACCCAGGGGAUCGUGAACAAGGCUUUUGGCAUCAACACUGACUCCCUGUACCACGAGCUGUCGACUGCGGGGUCCGAGGUCAUCGGGGAUGUGGACGAAGGGGCCGACCUGCUAGUGGAGGAAAGUCACGCUGUCUCUCAGCGGGGUUCAAGCUCCCCUGGCCCAGAUGUGUGUCCGGAGCCCCAGCCUGGAGAAGCGGCCUUGUCCCCGAAGCCCUCCCUCCUGCUCAGCAGCCAGCAAGGGGAGUUCUCAGUGCGCGAUGAUUUUUUUGGAAUGGGCAAGGAAGUGGGGAAUCUGCUGCUGGAGAACUCACAGCUUCUAGAAACCAAAAACGCUCUGAACGUGGUGAAGAACGACCUCAUUGCCAAGGUGGACCAGCUCUCGGGGGAGCAGGAGGUGCUGAAGGGGGACUUGGAAGCCGCGAGGCAGGCCAAACUUAGACUGGAGAACCGCAUCAAAGACCUGGAGGAGGAGCUGAGGAGAGUGAAGUCAGAGGCCAUCGUUGCCCACCGUGAACCCAAAGAAGAGGUGGAGGAUGUAAGCAGCUAUCUCUGUACAGAAUUGGACAAGAUCCCCAUGGCGCAGCGCCGCCGCUUCACGCGUGUGGAGAUGGCCCGCGUGCUCAUGGAGCGCAACCAGUACAAGGAGCGGCUGAUGGAGCUGCAGGAGGCCGUGCGGUGGACCGAGAUGAUCAGAGCAUCCCGAGAGCAUCCGUCUGUCCAGGAGAAGAAGAAGUCCACCAUCUGGCAAUUCUUCAGCCGCCUCUUCAGCUCCUCCUCAAGCCCCCCUCCGGCCAAGCGGUCCUACCCCUCCGUGAACAUCCAUUACAAGUCACCCACCACGGCCGGCUUCAGUCAGCGCCGCAGCCACGCCAUGUGCCAGAUCUCCGCCGGCAGCCGGCCCCUGGAGUUCUUCCCAGAUGACGACUGCACGUCCUCUGCAAGGCGGGAGCAGAAGCGUGAGCAGUACCGCCAGGUGCGCGAGCACGUGCGCAAUGACGACGGGCGGCUGCAGGCCUGUGGCUGGAGCCUACCAGCCAAGUACAAGCAGCUGAGUCCCAAUGGGGGUCAGGAGGACACCCGCAUGAAGAACGUGCCCGUCCCCGUGUACUGCCGCCCUCUGGUGGAGAAGGACCCGACCAUGAAGCUGUGGUGUGCCGCGGGCGUCAACCUGAGCGGCUGGAAACUGAGUGAGGAUGACCCCGGGAAUGGAGUCAAGCCUGUGCCAGGCCGCGACCCUCUGACCUGCGACCGGGAAGUAGAAGGAGAGACCAAGAGCAACCACGCGUCCCCCGAGAAGAAGAAGGCAAAGGAGCUCCCCGAGGCGGACGCCACCUCCAGCCGCGUGUGGAUCCUCACCAGCACCCUGACCACCAGCAAAGUGGUGAUCAUCGAUGCCAACCAGCCGGGCACCGUCGUCGACCAGUUCACCGUGUGCAAUGCCCACGUCCUGUGCAUCUCCAGCAUCCCCGCGGCCAGCGAUGGCGACUACCCUCCGGGGGAGAUCUUCUUGGACAGCGACGUGAACCCUGAGGACUCUAGUGCAGACGGCGUGCUGGCCGGCAUCACCCUGGUGGGCUGUGCCACCCGCUGCAACGUGCCGCGCAGCAACUGCUCCUCCCGUGGGGACACCCCAGUGCUGGACAAGGGCCAGGGGGAGGUGGCUGCUGUCGCCAAUGGGAAGGUCAACCCAUCUCAGUCCACGGAGGAGGCCACGGAGGCCAUGGAGGUGCCAGACUCUGGGCCCAGUGAGGCAGAGGCAGCUGUGGUGCGGCCUGGGCCCCUCACAGAGCACGUCUUCACCGACCCGGCCCCUGCCCCACCCCCCAGCGCCCAGCCUGACAGUGAGAACGGGCUGGAGACGGACGUGAGCGGUGUGCAGCCUGAGCCGGAGCCCAGCGGGGACGCCAUGGGGGCCAGCAGCAGUGCUGCACCCACCAUGUGGCUGGGAGCCCAGAACGGCUGGCUCUACGUGCACUCGGCUGUGGCCAACUGGAAGAAGUGUCUGCACUCCAUCAAGCUGAAGGACUCCGUGCUGAGCCUGGUGCACGUGAAAGGGCGAGUGCUGGUGGCUCUGGCCGAUGGGACCCUGGCCAUUUUCCACCGAGGUGAAGACAGCCAGUGGGACCUGAGCAACUAUCACCUGAUGGACCUGGGCCACCCGCACCACUCCAUCCGCUGCAUGGCCGUCGUGUAUGACCGCGUCUGGUGCGGCUACAAGAACAAGGUGCAUGUCAUCCAGCCCAAGACGAUGCAGAUUGAGAAGUCGUUCGACGCCCACCCACGGCGGGAGAGCCAGGUACGGCAACUGGCGUGGAUCGGCGACGGGGUGUGGGUGUCCAUCCGCCUGGACUCCACGCUGCGGCUCUACCACGCCCACACCCACCAGCACCUGCAGGACGUGGAUAUCGAGCCCUACGUCAGCAAGAUGCUGGGGACAGGCAAGCUGGGCUUCUCCUUCGUGCGCAUCACAGCCCUGCUCAUCGCGGGCAACCGCCUCUGGGUGGGCACCGGCAACGGAGUUGUCAUCUCCAUCCCGCUGACUGAGACUGUGGUCCUGCACCGAGGCCAGCUCCUGGGGCUCCGAGCCAACAAGACGUCCCCCACAUCUGGGGAGGGGACCCGCCCAGGAGGCAUCAUCCACGUGUACGGAGACGACAGCAGUGACAAAUCAGCCAGCAGCUUCAUCCCUUACUGCUCCAUGGCCCAGGCUCAGCUCUGCUUCCACGGGCACCGUGACGCUGUCAAAUUCUUUGUCUCCGUGCCAGGGAACGUGUUGGCCACUCUGAACGGCAGCGUGCUCGACAGCCCCUCCGAGAGCCCCGGGCCCACUGCCCCCACCGCAGAUGCCGAGGCCCAGAAGCUGAAGAACGUGCUGGUGCUUAGCGGCGGUGAGGGCUACAUCGACUUCCGCAUCGGCGACGGAGAAGACGAUGAGCCCGAGGAGGGUGCAGGGGACGUGAGCCAGGUGAAGCCCCUGCUGUCCAAGGCCGAGCGCAGCCACAUCAUCGUGUGGCAGGUGUCCUACACCCCCGAGUGAGGCGGCGGCCGCCGCCACCCCGCCCCGCCUGAUGCCACCUGCCACGUGUACAUACAGCCCCGCCCACCUGCCCACCGCCCACCCAGGGGGCAGCCUGCCCGCAGGCAGCCAGGCGCCCGUCCACCCCACUUCUAGCCUCUCAACCUGCAGCUUUCACCUUUGGUCCGGGCCUCCCUAUGAGCUGGCAGAGAGCAUAGGGUCUGGCUGGGAGCGGGGAGUAGGGUGGCGUCCUGACCAGGGAGGGGCAGAGCCUCUCGGGACACCCUCUCCCCAGCAGCUCCUGGCUGGCACCCAGCCCAAAGCCCUCCAGGCCCGAGGGUACUUAAGGGCCAGAGCGAGGCAGAACCCCAGGGUGGGUCGGGCCAGGGAAGCCCCUACAGGUGGCUCCGAGCUCCACCCUGGGCUCCCCAUUCCAGUCAGUCAUUCCCAGGAUCUCUCCAGGGAGUCGAGCAGGGACUUCACCCCGCUGAGUCUUCCCACCCUGAGUCCACUUGCCUUUGGCUGCUGCCCACGGGAGUGGGGGUCCAACCCUCAGGGAGCUGGCCCAGUUGCUAGCCUUCCCUGGGCUCCCCCUCCCCCAUCCCUGCCGCCCUGGGAACUGGCAUGAAAGCACGUAACCAGGCUCCCUGGGGCAGGUGCCUGAGAAGACAGACACACACCCUCAUCCUGCUCAAGCCCCGUGAUCGUCCCGUGUGGCGGGCUCUCACCGGCCCUCACUGACCUGUGUCCUCCCCGACCCUGCUAGCUCUCCCUGGGCGAAUACCCACCUUGUAGAAGCAGGCCUCUUGAAUCCCAUCCCUCCCGGAAGCCCCUAGGGUGGAAUUUCUCAGGCUGCCAGGGCAGGCCCAAGCCUCAGGAAGAAGGGGAGGCCCCUGGUCUCUCCUGGGGUCAGUCCUUGGACGUAGGCUCAGCCUCAGGGUGACGGGGAAAGGUGUGCUCCAGGGCCUGCCUCCUGUGCAGUCUCCAAGGAGCCCAGCUCCCAAGACACGCUACUAAGUGCCUAGGGGUAAGCGGUGUGGCCUGCUCCCUUGAGGGCAUCUGAUGAUAUGCCACCGAGCAGAGGCCCAAGGGCUAAGGACAGGAGCCGCCUCCAGCCGGCUCUAGGCGAUGGCGCCUGCCUGCUUGAGGGGCACCGCCCUGGACUGCCAACUCCCCCACCUGCCCAGGCCUUAUUCCUGUUCCUCGAGGCACCGAUCAGGGCAGCCCCAGGUCCUGCUGCCCACCCACCUCCCACCAGAGAAGCACAGAUCUUGGGCAGCCAUCCCACGAGCCCAGCUGGCCACCGCUGCAGCCACCUGCAGCUGCAGGCUUCUCCCCACCACCCUGCCACUCUCCACUGUGAUGUACGUCAAGUCCCUUGUCUGUCCUCACAGGGCCUGAAGUGACUCGGGGGUUAGCCGGGUGGGUGCAACUGGGUGACACGAUUCUCCUCAGGCUUUGGCCCUGCAAGUGAACCUACAUAUCUGCUCUGUAAGUAAUAAAUGUCUUAACAUCA